AUGGAAAUAGGGAAUAAUAAGGACACAAGAAUAUUGCUAUACUACACCCAUAAGGGCAUUUCCAGCAGCCCACUCGGGCUGGGGGGGAGAGCCCAAAAGCAGCUUCCAGCAACAAGUGCUGGCCCGGGCAGUGUGGUGUCCACUUGCCUGGGCUGGCCCGAAGGCAAGGGCUGCCCGAGCAGCAGCCCGAAGGCAGGCUGA